UAGCAACAUGAACUCGUUCCGUGGAACGGGAGCGUGUGGAUCGUCCGUUAAACACGAUUUCGUGGCGUUUUCACGCACCCAGAACUUGUUUCGGAUGGAGCUCAGUGGACUCUUCUGUUUAAAAUGACUUCCGCUCGUCGACGAAGACAGCUGGCUGGUGGUUUAAUCGUGUUAGCUUACGUCGUUAGCACGUCGUGCUAAUCUUCUUUCUGACAAUAAUCCCAGUCGUAAAUGGCAUCGCUGCCCUUUGCCUGCUGUAUACGUACAUUUUUUUAAUUGACUUUAAAGGGCAGUAGAUAUUCUCGCGAUUGUGCAACUAGAAAACCUACCAGAAAGAUUUAUUUUUUUCUUUAAAAAAGGCACAAAGAAAGAAGAUGGAGAUCCACCUGAAUAGGGUUGACUACACGCAGGUCGGAGUGACGUCACAGAAAACUAUGAGGCUACUUCCAGCAGUGGGAAGAAAGGCCACUCAAAAGGUCGCUAUAGCCGAUCAUGAUGGCGUACUUAUGUGUUUUGGGAUGAAGAAGGGGGAAGCUGUGCCUGUUUUUAAAACACUCCCCGGGCCAAAAGUAGCCAGAAUGGACCUUGGAGGUGCUGUGGGAACUCCUCAGGAGAAGAUAUUCGUCUGUUCUGGUUCUCAGGUCCGAGGGUUCAGCAAGAAAGGCAAACAGUUCCUCACCUUCGACGCCAACCUCACUGAGAGCAUUACUGCCAUGCAUGUCUCGGGCGCUGAUCUUUUUGUGUGCGCGAGCUACAUCUACAACCACUACUGUGACUGCAAGGAUCAGGACUACUUCCUGUCCGGAGACAAAAUUAACGACGUCACGUGUUUAUCCUCGGAGAAACUCUCGCGCUUCACGCCGGUCUUGGCUUGCCAGGAUCGGGUUCUUAGAGUCUUGCAGGGAUCCGAACUUGCGUAUGACAUUGAAGUUCCUGGACCUCCAUCUGUGUUGGAGCUCUAUAAUAAAAAUGGAGAGAAUGAAGUUCUUUAUGGAACCACGGAUGGAAAAGUUGGAUUAGUUCAAAUAGGUGACCGCUCAGCUGUGACUAAAUGGGAGAUCGACAAUGACAAGAAAAAAGGAGGGAUUCUGUGCAUUGAUACGUACGACAUUAUAGGAGACGGAGUGAGUGACAUCUUGGUGGGCAGGGAUGAUGGAACCGUUGAGAUAUUUGGUUUUGAUAGUUCCAGUGAGCCUACGUUACGCUUUGAGCAUGUGUUGUCAGAGAGUGUGACCUCCAUCCAGGGUGGCUGUGUGGGCAAAGAGUCUUAUGAUGAGGUUUUGACUGCCACAUAUACAGGAUGGGUCACUGGGUUGACCACUGAGCCCCAGAAGGCUGAGGCCGGUCCAGGAGACGAGGUCAGGAUGAGCAAAGAGACGCAGUCGAAAAUAGAAUCCCUCAGGUCGGAGCUGGAGCAGCUGCAGGUGAAAGUCCUGCAGGGUCGUGAGCAGUACCAGCAGACCUCUCAGUCGAGCACGGCUGUCUCCGCCGUCCCCGUCUUCAGCAUCAACGACAAGUUCACGCUCAGCCAGGACGACGCCAGCUACAGCCUCACGCUGGAGGUGCAGACCGCCAUCGACAACCUGUUGCUCCAGAGUGACGUCCCCAUAGACCUGCUGGACGUAGAUAAGAAUUCAGCUGUUGUCAGUUUCAGUGAAUGUGACUCAGAGCCUAACGGGAACUUCCUGCUGGCCACAUACAGAUGUCAGGCCAACACUACCAGACUUGAACUUAAGGUGAGAUCCAUCGAAGGACAGUAUGGGACUCUGCAGGCUUACGUUACUCCCAGACUGCAACCUAAGACCUGCCAGGUUCGACAGUAUCAGAUCAAACCUUUAUCCCUUCACCAGCGGAUGCACAGCAUUGAUCAAGACAGGCCCAUGAAUCAGCUCAGUUUGGUGGGGCAGUUCAGCUUUGCAGAGAUCCACUCCUGGGUAAUUUUCUGUUUGCCAGAAGUGCCUGAGAAAACACCAGCAGGAGAAAGCAUCACUUUCUACUUCCACAACACGUUCCUCGGCACACAGCUUGAAGCCACAUACUGCAAAGGAGAGGGCCACUUCAAGUCUGACAAUAUUUCGACCAUCUCUAUUCUGAGUGAUGUUCUUUCCAAAGAAGCUACCAAAAAGAAAAUCAAUCUGAACAUUUCUUAUGACAUUAACGAUGACUCUGUGAGCCACACACUCAGGAUGAUUCAUCCAAAGCUGGAGUACCAGCUGCUGCUGGCUAGAAAGGUUCAGCUCGUCGAUGCCCUGAAGGAGCUUCAGGUCCACGAGGGGAACGCUGAUUUCCUCAUCCCAGAAUACCGCAGCAUCUUGGAUGAAUCUGCUAAUCUUCUGGAAGAGUACAAAAAGCAGCCGGCACACCUCGAGAGGCUUUACGGAAUGAUCACUGAUCUCUUCAUUGAUAAAUUCAAGUUCAAAGGUCAGAAUGUGAAAACAAAGGUGUCGUCAUUGUUGGAAAUACUUGAUAAUUAUGAUUUAAAUUCACUGUUAGACUUUUUCAAUGAGCCAUGAUAACAUAUAUAAGAUUAUUUAUAUCUGUGUUUAUUCUGUGGUCCAAUCAGAGCAUUUUAUGUGACUGUAGUUAGACUUUGUGUCUAUGUUAAAUGUUCCAUUUAGAUUCUGUUUACACUUACAGUACUUACAGUGCAAAAUAUUAAAGUAUUUAUACUAUUUUUGAUUGAUGUAUGUCAUUAAAAUGAUUGAAUCUAC